AUGAAUUUUAUCCCGUACCGUAGUAAAAGUGUUCCUCCGUUGGUGGCUGGUUUACCAGCGGUAGUACGUGGUCGUGAUGUGAACCGAAAUGAGCGAUCGAUGCCCUACAGUCGAAACAGAUCUUUGUCUGGUUUUCAACAUGAAUCCAGCAUCCCUAAUGUUGCUGGCCAACCCGAUCGUACCGGAAGCAACGCUGGAAGAGACGGCGCUUACGUUAUUGUGGUACUUGCCGAGGGUCGUGGGCAUGCAGCUCUCGAGGUCGGUUUAGCAGCUAUAGAUGUUACUUCGCCGCAUCUCAAGAUCACACAGUACGGUGAUAACUUUUGGUACUCCGUUACGCUUACGACGCUGCACAGUCUCGAUCCGACAGUGGUUUACUUUUCCGAGCACGCAUUAGCCAACGGGACGUCGUAUCUUCCGAAACUGAUACAUCAAUUCUUACCGCAAACAAAGGUGCUUGGUUUGGGAAGAUCGUACUUCAAUGAUAGUAUCGCUGAGAGCUACAUGUCCCAACUGUGCAGCCGUGAUUAUGCCAGGCUUCGAGGAUUGAUCCACAACAAGUACUACGGAAUGGCUUCCUGUGGCGCAUUGCUAAGACACUGCAUGGAGACGGCCCUGCUGCAGAUUGCUAGCCGUACGCUUAAGUUGAGUUACAUCGACAAGAUGUCUACGAUGACGAUGGAUGUGGAAUGCAUUGGGCAGCUGGAACUGCUAGGACCGUUGCAGAAAGGGGACGAGAAGAAGUCACUGUUUGGGUUCAUGAACCGUUGCAUUACCUCCAUCGGUAGGCGCCAUCUGCGGGCAAAUAUUAUUGAGCCAUGGACGAGUCGAACGCGGUUGGAGAUGCGCUUGAAGUGCAUACGGGAAUUGUUAGGGCAGCCGACACUUCUUCAGACUAUACGCCGAACUUUGACUGAGGUUAAGGAUGUUGGAGGAUUGCUCAAGCUAUCGGUGGACAUUGAUCGAAUGAAAACAACUCAUCAAAAUACAAUUCAUAUGCUCAAUCAAGCAUCAAGCCUUCGGAACGUGCUGAAAGUAGUGCCAAAGCUUCGUGAUCUGUUGCGAGAUAUCCACGCUGAGUAUCUCAAUGAUUUGAAACAAACGCUCGAAGAACCGGCGUACGCUGAUCUGCUCACGAAGAUAUGCGAAGUGUUGGACGAUAGCCCAGUCGAGCGAAACACAACCUACAAUAGACUUUUCCUUGUCCGUGGCAAAAUCAAUUCCAUACUGGACCUGCUUCGGUCCUUAUACUCCGGAGUCAUAGACGAGAUUCGUCAGUACGUGGCAGAGCUAAGCCUGGCAACCCGGAUGCAGUUAAAGUUACACCAUUCCAAACAGAACGGGUUCCAUUUGAUGUACGUGCUGGCGAACGAUGAGGUGGACAAUGUGGCGGAACAGUUGAGCCGAAACUUUCAGAUACUAACACGGAACGGUCGUCGGUAUACACUCUCCAACGGACGGUUGAUGGCGUUUAAUGACAAACUAGCUUCAGUUGGGAAAGAAAUCGACGAAAUUAGCUACGGGAUUAUUCGCGGUCUGAUCGAGAGCAUCCGCGAUAGUAUAGACGCGGUGUAUAACCUGGUAGGAUGUUUAACGGAUCUGGAUGUCGUGCAGGCACUGGCAACCGUGAGCCAGGGGAAAGAGUUCUGCGAGCCAAGCUUUGGCGAGGAGACAAAGAUUGUUUCCGGAAGACAUCCGCUACUGGAAAGCUUCUAUGGUGAUCGAAAGAUUGUACGAAACAAUGUGAUCUCCACCCCAGAGUACAAUGUGUUUAUCGUUACGGGCCCGAAUAUGAGCGGGAAAACGGUGUACAUGAAAACGAUCUGCAUUUUACAGAUUAUGGCCCAGCUGGGUUGCUACAUUCCGGCAGCACAUGCUCAGGUACGGAUCGUGGACCGUCUGCUAACCAUAUUCGGCGAAGCAGACAAUCUUCAGCAAGAUGAUACAGAGUCUUGCCAGAUGUACAACAAGCUGCAAUUUGUGCGCCACUGCCUAACUGCGAACAGUUUGAUCGUGAUCGAUGAACUGUACGGUGACACUCAUCUUCCCGAUACAACCAAUACCAAGUGGGCACUACUUGAGCGCAUCAUUGACCACGUAGGAUAUGCUGGGGAACGUCGGCAGAACGCAAUCGUACCGACGCUGGCAUGCAUUCGGAAACCGUUCAUUUUCAUAACGACACACUGUAUGGAUCUGUUGCGACCGCUGGAGGUACAUCACAACGUGUCACAGCUCUGUUUGCAAACGGAAACCGUCCAGGUGGACGGUGUGGAGCGACUCCGGUACAAGUACGUCGUCGUCGAAGGACGCACGUCGGUUAAAAGCUACGGACUGUCACUCGCACGUACCGUCAACAUCCCAAAGGAUGUGCUAGACCGUGCUGAGCAACUGUGCCGUGGGGACUUAAAACAACAUCUUGCCGAAUGUGCCAACAAUAAUCGAUCGCACAAUCGUACCGGUAAUCUAUCGACGACCACCACAAACCACACCCUAUCGACGCAGGGAAGCUUUAAUGAGUUUUUCAAACUGUUCUACCACAUAUACGGCAAGGUAGCGCAUAGUCUACGUAACGCCGAGGAUGUACAACAGCAUCUAACCGAGCAGCUCGAUCAGUUUCUCGCUUCCGUACCGGAAGAGGUGCGAGAAUUUCUCCGGGUAACGCCCCUGGAGCAAUUGCUUCAACUUGACGCCUGA